CGUAAAUGGAGAAAGUGCUUUCCUUACGCGUCACACAGCAUUUGUCGCAUCCAACGGCAAGUGCAGCGCAUUUUGGGCCCGGAACAAAGCAAAAAGAAAGUUUGGAAAAACCGUAGAAAAACAGCAGAGAAAACCACAAGUGGUGGCUGUUUACCGUUGCCAAGCGUUAUGGACAUAUCCGUGUAUAAAAAUGGCGUUAAUUGAGUUGUUGUUGUUAUUACCAAUGAUGGCGUGCAAGGGCGAAGCAACAACAAACGAAACUGCCUGAAGCAGCAGCAACAACAAAACACUCACACCAGCAAAGGAACUUUUGGCCAGUACACACGCACACACACGAGCACUCGCACGCAAGCAGAAGAAGUGUUAGAAAGAGAGCGGCGAUAUGGAGGACCUCUUUCUACUCGUCAUCAAGGAGUCAACGGGAACUAAACACAAUGCGCUGCGUCAAACGGCGCAAAUCGCUUACGAUAAACUCUACCGACAGCAUGGAAUCCACCGGGACCCGUCGCACGAGCUGCGCUCCGUUUGUUUUACCGCCCUGCAGAUGGCUCUGGAUACGAAGCGGCCCAAGUUCAUCACGAUGGGACUCAACGGCCUCCAUCGCGUCAUCAAGGACGAGCGCUUCUAUAUCGGCCUUGAGCCGGAGGAUGAUUCCGUGUGGCUGCCAUCGCAGCUGCUGAGGGCCACCAAUGGCAUCCUGCCAUCGACGAGCAGCGAGGACACUGUGGUCAAUGUGCUUCGGCUCUUCCUGGCAAUGGCCUGUUCACCCGCCUGCACGUUGAACGGCCGCCUGCUUAUCGAGAUCCUCUCCAGAUGUGGUGAGUGCUGGGAGAUGGGCUCGCGUGCAACUAAGGCUGCAUCCUUGGCCGCCGCCUCCCAGUGCCUACGCACCUUCUGCGCCUUCCUUAUCGAGGAGGCCGAGGAAGUUAAAAAGACUGCGCCCGCUGGCCUAAUGACCCAGACGCAAGCAUCUGCCGUCUACAACGAGGUCAUUCCGGUGAUGCAGUGGCUCUGCAGCCGACUGGUGGAGCCCAAUGUGAAUGCUUCGCCGAACAAAAAAUGCGAGAAUCACAGCUCGUUGUACCUCACCGAAUGCAUCCUUACGUUGAGCUCCGCCCUGCCCCGGAAUGUUCAUGCGAAUCCGCACUUUACAUCGUUUCUCUGGCAGAAGUUUUGUCCCACAUUGGCUGCGGCCCUAGGAUCACCCGGCAGGAUCAAUCUGGACAAGAAAUUCACCUACAAGGAUGCCCUGCACAUGAUAGAGAAUGAGGCCCGUGGCUUCUUCACGGGUCCGGGCUUGGAUGGUCCUCAGGCCCGUUGUGUCUAUUUGACCGCCAUUCAGUUACUUCGAAUUGCCGGUGCCCAUGGUUCUUUGCGUCCCAUGCUGGAGGCUCUAUUCCAUCGGAUGCUUCUGCUGCCGGCUCCCCAAAAUCGAACAGAGCCACUACGAUGCGUAAGGGAGAUCUUCAAGAGUCCAGAGCGCCUAAUCGACUUGGCGGUUAUUUUAUAUGUGGACAAGAACACAGCCCAAGGCUGCAGCGAUGAGAUGGCGUUAUUCCGACUUUUGGUGGACGCCAUGGAGGAAUGUGCUUAUGGAGCCAGUGGCGUAGGCUCAGCCACGGAGGCCAGUCUGCAAGCGAGCGUGGAGUGCAUGGUGGCCCUGCUAGACAGCCUGCAAGUGCUUUGCAGCGGAGAACUCACCGAGUCAAUGAUUAGUGACCAGAUUGUACAGGUAGUCAACGGACGGCAUGACCUGCUCAAGGAUGCGGACUACUCCGGCCCGCUGACCUACCAAAGCAUGGCCCGUCUGCCGGCUCCUUAUCGUGAUGCCAUCGUGGAGUUCCGUCAGAAUGUUUUUGAGACUUCUUCGGGAUCAGAAAGUGAAGGUGAGCCGCCGCACGAGCAAGAUGCAGCUUCCAAUGGUUCCGGGGACACCGAAGGCCCUGAAGACGAUGACCCUAGCAGCUCCAGCGAUGAAACAUCUCGGGUGGAGAACCGCUGGCCAUACUCACAUCUUGAGGCGCCCGUAAUGCCCAUUCGAACCGAUAGCGAUAAUGACCGGCAACAUGCCCGGGAUUUUGCCCGAGCUUUAAGGCAGGAUUUAGUACCGAAACUCUUGCGGCUGCGUAGCUGCGUGGAGCUGGACGAAGCGAUGCAAGAAUUCGCCUCAGCCGUUUGUCAGGAGAACAGCAUGAACUUCUCGGACUUUGACUACAACCUGACCGCCAUCAAUGCGGACGGGAUUUACCUAGCUAUCUACUCCUCUCUGCUGCUUAGCCUGCAGCUGAUGCGAGCCGGAUACUACGAACAGGUGGCCCAGGGCGUUUCGCACAAGGAUAUCCUGGUGCCGAUGUCCGAGCAACAGUUUGUGACCUCUGUUCAGAAUACUGGAGUCCUCGUCUAUCUGUCCUCGCCUUGGCUAUGCGAGCUCUAUCAAUCGGUAACCGUGUGCAAUGUCCUGGAGGCCAUGCCUCGUCAGCAACUGGAAGGGAUGGGUCCGCGCUGUGCUCUUAUCGACAUGCUGUGCGACGCCGGUGGACUAGGUGCCACCCAAAUGCUAUCUGAGUGGCAGCGCCUGCAGACAGCCAAUGUGAAGCACAAGGAGGAAGAACAGCUCCAUGACAAGCGCAGGGAAGCGGCCAAGAAGCUGUGCCGCCGCUUGCUCACCUGUUGCUGGGAUUCGAUGGUCAUCGUGCUGAGUUCUGGUUUAGGAGAUUUGCAGACCAGUUCGGCCUCCAACAAACUGGUGGCUCUCUCCAAGCGAACCCUAAGAGUGAAGGCCAAAGCAAAUAAAUCGAAUGGUGAGGCCCUGUAUGCCAUGUGCCUGGAUGGCUUGCAUUCGGCCGCCACGCUCAGCAAUAGUUUAAAUCUGCAGCAUUUGGCUGGUAAGAUACUGAACCUGCUAGCUUCAAAUGUCUGCCAGACAUCCGGGCCGCGAAUUUCCGCCAGUCAGGCCAUGUCCAUGGACGUAGUACUAACCGGGGGACUUAACCUUGGCAGUUAUAGUGCGGAUUGCUGGCCGAGCAUCUUCGCCGUUUGUCGGCAUGUCAGCCAGCUGGAGCACGAGAUCUUUAGCAUGCAGAACCCGGCCAUUUCCGCCUCGCCGGGAAGCAGUCGCCGCGACUUAGAGACGGGCGAGAAGUUGAGCAACGGCAAUGCCCAGGACAAGCUAAACCUGUCCUCCAUACCCAUCGAUGAUGACGAGACCUGUGUGGAUGUGUACAGCUUCCUGCAGGCACCUAUGCAGAGUCCUAAUACAAACAUCACCUCCAUUUUAAAGGUCUACUCUGGAACGAAUGAGACGGUGCUACUAAGUCAAAGCGACACUUCUAAGGUACUCUGUGCAUUGUCUCAUCAGGCGGAAAAUCUUUUCGGAGACGCAGCCGAAAGGCUAAGUUUGCCCUCGCUGUGCCAGUUCCUUAAGCAUCUGUGUCGCGCCUCGAGAGAGCAGCUAUAUAAAAGCCAGGUUGCCCGCAAAGGCAGUCGCAUCUGGUGGCCCAGCAAGGGCUGGAAGAAGCUGGAUUCGUUGCCCAUGUCCCUGCUCCUUCAUAGGAUUGGAGAUGUCACGCUCAAGGUAUUUCGCAGCUCGCGUCCGCUGCUGCACGUGCUCAAGGUCUGGGCCAUAACAGGUCCGCAUCUAAUGGAUGCUGCUUGCCACCGCGAUCGAAUGAUCUCGAAGCGGGCGAUCGAGUACAUCCACGACAUCAUCACGGCUCUUUUGGUGGAGCAGUCGGAGCUGCCGUACUUUCACUUUAACGAAGCCUUGCUUAAGCCGUUUGAGAAUUUGCUAAGCAUGGACACGGAUGUAGAUGUGCAGGAUCAGAUAGUGGCCUGUCUGUACGAAGUGGUGGAGGCGCACCGAACCGAGAUCCGUUCCGGAUGGCGACCUUUGUUUGGAACCCUACGCAAUGCCCGUAGCCGGAUGCUAAACAUGAGCAACAUCAUUGACAUAUUUCGGGUGUUCCUUGACUCAGACAACACGCUAGUGUUUGCCAACGCGGGAUUGGACUGUAUCCUGUGCUUGCUGUCCUACCUGGAGAUCUCUGGUGGAGGAAAUAAUAAUGCCUGUAAUGGUGGAAGUGGAACUGCAGCGGGAGGAACUGGAUCAAAUGGUGGCCAACAAGAGGAGGACAACACCUUCCGGCCUACGGACUUCCUCCACGAAACUCUCCGCUUCCUAGAGCGCUGCUCCAGCAUAUUGGGUUUUAUGCACAGUAUGCCCAAGUGCCCCAACUUUCAUUCUACGUACAAGAUCAAGGGCAUUUCCUACACACACAUAAUCGACGCGAACAUACCCAGUUCGAUGGAGAACUUCACGUACUUCGGCAACGACUACUUGCAGACGCGGAAUGAGCAGUACAUGAUCUCCUACCGAUCGCUGCAUAUCGAUAAGGACACCAUUGUCAAGAUUGACGAGAUGGACAAGCCGUCGGGUGUGCUCAAAGUGUGGUUCCUGCUGCUCGAUGGACUAACUAACUCGCUGAUCGUCUGCCCCUAUUCCCACCAGGCGCCCAUCCUUCAGACGAUCUUUAAGCUGUUCAAGAACCUUCUGGCCAGUCCAGGCAUCGAUUUCGGUUUCUAUUGCAUCAAUCACCUGCUGGUGCCGAUGAUACAAGACUGGCUACGGUACAUCAACAAGACGGGCUCCUCUUGGCAGCUGGUGGAGAAGAAUUUCAAGCACUGCUGCUGCAUGACCACGGAUCUGGUGGUGGAGUUUAUCGAGAAGUCAGUGCCAGAGCAGCGGCGUCUGGGAGCAGGAACAAAAACGCGAUUGGCACAAAUAGUUCACCCGGCAGACAACCUACUGUACUCCAAGCUGAAGUUUGUAACGGAAAGGAUUGAAAGGGAACAGCAACAGCAAUCGCCUCCUGUCCAGGAUCAAGGAUGUGGCUAUAAUCAGCAGUACGACAGCAGUUCCAGCUCAGCAAGCGAGGAGCAGCAGAAGAACGGAGUAGGAGGCGGAUCGAACCUUAUAGAAUCGCCCACCAAAAUCUCGGGUUCGGCCACGCUGGCCUUGAAACAGUUACUACUGGUUCUAAUCGAAUGUGCUGCUCAGUCGCAGGAGGCGAUUGCUAGGAUCUCGGUGUCCUGCCUCAAACACGUGAUCCUCUCCACAGGCAUGCUGUUUAACGAAUCCCAGUGGAUGAUCGCCUGCUCAGCAAUCCAUCGCGCCUGCACAGUAACGAUUGCCCCACUGCGACAGCUUUCGUUUGCUUUCCACGAAAAAUCCAAUAGUUUUUAUGGAGAUUGCGCUAAUGUUAAGGUGGCUGCCCGGCGGGACAGCAGCCUGGAGGAGUUGGCUAGAAUCUAUGCUCUGGCGCAGCAAGUCUUCCUCUCGGACAAUCAGCGGGAACCGGGUCAAAAUCAGGCUACCACGCCCAGUGCCUCGCAAUGCAAGUUGUCCGACGACAGGAGCUAUUCAUUCCUUUUAUACCCGCUAAACAAUGGCUUCAACUCGAAUCUGGAUAACUUCGUAAUCCGGAUACCAUUUAAGAACCUCGUGGUGGGUCUACUGGCCAACCAGAUGCUGCUCCAGCUGGUGGCCAAGCUUUUGCUGUCGCGUUUAAAGUGUGUUCCCCAGGCUGUUUCCACAUGCAUUUUCGACAACUAUGCCGCUUCUGCAGCUUCGCCCAGUCACGACUAUGACCUGGAUUUUCGCUCCAAGGAGAUUCUGCUGCGAUGCGUUAAGCAGUACCUGAUGUCCGCCCUGGAGUUCGAUUCCCGACCCGGCCUCAAGUUCCUCAUGCAGAAGGUGUCGAAUAUUGAGUACGCGGCAAAUCUGUACAAACAGAUGACCUCCUCGUGGAUGAUCUACUAUAUAGCACUGGUGGACUCCCAUCUCAACGACAUUGUCGUGUACAAUCUGGGGCCGGAGGAUCUCAACUUUAUCCUUGAGUCGUGCUCACGACUGAAUACAACUACGGUGAAGAAGAAGGAGAACUUCGUGCGGUAUUUAUUCUGCCUGCAGGAUGCAUGGAAUCUGGUAUGUGAACUAUACUUGAGUAACUCUGCCCUUCAUGAGAUCGAAAGCGGCUCGGGUAAGCUGCGCCAGAAGCCACCGCAGCUGCAUCACCACCCGCAAAGCAAACCCAUGUGCAUAUCUCUGAACGGUAAUGGAGAUGCUGAAAUGACGGAUACGGGAUCCGGUUCGGGUUCCGGUAGCAGCACAUCGCCCAGCAAGUGCGUCCAGCUGCAGGAGGAAGAGAACGUGACAAUGACCACGUUGAUAAGUGAAUUCCAGCCGAAAUGCCGCAGUAAUCCGUUCGAUACCAAUCGACAAGCCAAGUCCUCGGAAGCGGAGUCCAUCUCACCGGAAAUUGAACAGCAGCGAGCCAGCAGCAUCCUCAAGGAUUCCAAUUACAAGAGAGCUGCUCUCGCCCAGCUGGUAGUGGCAUCAAUGGAGCUACUACGUUCCCUGCCCGGCGAGGCCGAGGAGAACCUUAAGCUCCUGAUGACCCCAACUAUUCGCGAGGCCUUCCGCCUCGUCCAGCUGCAGGGCAACGAGCUGAAGGUCAACCAGUUUUAGGCCAUGCUUGUUGAGUUUUAUUUUGAUCUGUAGGCGCAGCCCCUGCCCCUACCAAAGGAUCCUUCCUCCUCCUUCCAGAAGUCCUCCAUAACUCUCCUCCUCCUCCUCCUCCCGCUCCCGAAUGGCUAAUUUACAGCUACGUCUGCAUCUCAUGCUCUCUCUGUCUCACUCUCUAAAUCUGUCUCUGUCUGUCAAUGGAGAGUUAAUGCUUUAGUGCGGCCAACUAUAUAUCACACAUGUAUUAACAGGCGUUGCUGAAUCUUAGAAAUGUGAAAAGGUAGACUUUGUAGUUCUUUUUAACCAAAUCUGUAUGUUAAUGUUGCCUAAAUGGAUUUCUUUAAGCAAGCAGUAUGCCUCUUAAGAUUGUUUUAAUUGAAAUCUCACUAUCAGUAUUAUCUUCAUGAUCUAUUAAUAUUCAUAAUGAAUCAAUGAAGAACAAAUAUUAAGCAGGUUUUUCACAAAAAGUUUUGUCACUAAUCGAUUUUCUAUCUUAAAAUAACUUAAAAAAUGGUUUAAAAGCCUUACAUGCAACGUUGGCCACACCAAUCGCAGACUCUCCAUCUGUCCCUCUCGCCCGCAGUCCCCAGCACAGCAGGCAAACCAUUUCAAAGUAAAAGCUCAACAUGCCAGCACAAAAAGCAAAACUAUCGAAAGUACAACAACGUCGAAGCAUUGCAAGGAUAUCAGUUAUAUAGGAUAUCAACUUGCGAUUAGAGGAUGAAGAUGACGAAGAAGCGUAGACAACGUAGUCCUGUACAUUAAAUUUAGUCAAGACUUUCUCACACUUAGUCCCGCACCGGCCCCACUAAGCGUCCCCUUCUCUCCUCUAGCUCCACCCCAAAACCACACGCCCCACUCCCAGCACUUUUCGACUUCUAAUAUUGUAAAGAUGUAUCAGCGAGCACCUGCCCCGCCCUAAAAAUCAGUAAAUUAUAUAUAUAUAUAUAUAUAAAUAUAAAUAUAAAUAUAUUUAUUAAGAGUGUAACCUAUGUAAACUUAUAGCGAAUGUUAACUAACACAAAAUCAGUGCCGCCCAUUAAUCCACGAUUACCACCAUUAACGAUUAGAUCACACAAGCAUACACAUAGAGCCUAUACUAAAAGAAAAACAUAUGUGUGUCCAAGUAGUCCCGCGCUGCCUUUAAAAAAUACUUGCAUACUUUUGUACCAGUGUGCGUACCUAAGAGAAAAAAAAUAUGAAAAAUAUCGAUGCAACAUAACCAAACAAAUUCUAGCCACCUUGCUGCACUAUCAAAUCAAAGCUUACUAGCCUAUAUUUUCACGCCAAAACACCCAACAUAUAUACAUAUACCACAUAAUAUCAGGGAUCAGAUCAGGAAUAUCAUAUGAAAAGAUUAUGAUCUUUCUGAAUCUGACCCACCAUUGAUUUGUCCCGCGCCCAGCUAAUAGCUAAUACCUAUAAUGAUAAUGAUACCGAUACCGAUACCUACAUAUACAAACAGCUACGUACAGUUACAUAUAUGCCUAUUUAAAGAUCUAAAGAGUUAUAUAUUGAUAUACAUAAAUGUACUUAUAUGUAUUAUAGUUACCACUUGGGUAUAAAUGUUGUAAAUGUCUAACAAAAGAAACAUUUUUAUAUGUGAAAACUAUUAGCAACAGCGCUACAAAUCUAUACAUAUACUAUAAAUAUAAAUAUAUACACAUAUACAUUUAUUUUCGCUUCGUCGUAUACAGUAUAUAUAUAUAUAUAAUAUAUAGAGAACCAUG